CCCUUAACCAUAAUUGAUAAUUAUCUUUUCAUCAUCUUUGUAUACAUUUCAAUCUUCAUGGCUCUUUCUUGGAAAGAAGCAACAGCUCGUCAGUCUGUUACGGCAUUUCUUAAGGCCUUCAUUUCGGCCGGUAGUUUAACCCUUAUAGAAAAGGAUGGCACUAGUUUAUGCUUUGAGGGCUCGCUGGAAAUAUGUCCAUUAUCAGUUACUUUGAAGGUUCACGAUCCACAAUUUUAUUGGAAGGUUGCCAUGGAAGCAGACUUAGGUUUCGCAGAUGCAUAUAUUAAUGGAGAUUUUUCUUUCGUUGACAAAGACAAAGGUCUUGUAAAUGUCAUGAUGAUCUUUCUAGCUUGUACAGAUUAUAAUUCAUCUUCAGCUAAUGUUAGUAAAAGGAAUUGGUGGGCAUCAGUAUUCUCAAUAACAUCAUGGAUUGGCACAGCUAAAUUUAUCUACCGUCACUUUCGAAGGCGAAACACACUUACCCAAGCUCGUACUAAUAUUUCUCAACAUUAUGACUUGAGUAACGAAAUGUUUUCGUAUUUCAUGGAUGAAACGAUGUUGUACUCUUGUGCGGUCUUUAAGUCAGAAAAUGAAGAUUUAGAGGUUGCACAAAUGAGAAAAAUAUCCCUUCUAAUUGAUAAGGCAAGAGUAAAGGAGCAUCAUGAAGUGCUUGAGACAGGUUUUGGUUGGGGUACACUUGCUAUUGAACUUGUUAAGAGAACAGGUUGUAAAUACACUGGCAUUACUCUUUCCCAAGAGCAACUUAAAUUUGCUGAGGAAAGGGUCAACAAGGCUGGCUUACAGGAUCGAAUAAGAUUUCUUCUAUGUGAUUAUAGACAGUUGAAAGAUGUCCAUAAAUAUGAUAGAAUAUUCUCCUGUGAAAUGCUUGAAUCCGUGGGACAUGAAUACAUUGAAGAGUAUUUCCGUUGCUGUGAAUCAUUUUUGGCACCUAAUGGUUUAUUUGUCCUUCAGUUCAUAUCUAUAGCAGAUGAAUGCUAUGAUGAAUUCAGGAAAAGUCCAGGUUUCAUUAAGGAAUACAUUUUUUUUGGUGGAUGUCUACCUUCCUUUAGCCGAGUAACAUCAGCUAUGGCUACUGCAUCAAGACUUUGUGUGGAGCACGUGGAAAACAUUGGAGACCAUUACUAUCAAACUAUUAGACUAUGGAGAAAAAACUUUUUGGAGAAUCAAAGCAAAAUUAUUUCACUCGGCUUUGAUGAGAAGUUUAUUAGGACAUGGGAAUACUAUUUCGAUUAUUGUGCAGCUGGAUUCAAAAUGCGCACCCUUGGUGACUACCAGGUGAUAUUCUCACGCAAAGGAAAUGUCGUUGCAUUUGAUGAUCCCUAUGCAAUCAUACCAUCAGCGCGUUGUUUACCAUAGCAAUGAUAGUUUUUCUUUUAUAUUUAAUACUGAUAUUGAUAUUUUUUCACAAAAUAUAUUAUUUAUAUAAUAAAAAAUAAUUGUUUGGUACUCAUAAUUAUAUUUUUCUCCACAAAAUAUGUCAAAAUUUGUAUCAAAUAUAUUCUAGAACGAAAGUUAUAUUGUAUUUCAUUGUGUAUCUUUGAAAAUACCACAUUUUUAGUUUUUGUGUGUUCAUUUUAUUUUACUAUAUUUUGUUU